AUGGCAAAACUCACUGAUGAUGCCGACUACGAUGCUGGCGAAACGUUUGAUAAGGUACCAAGUUCACUGUCUGAUGCUGGGAAUCAAGACAACUACAAUGGCAGACGACUUCGGACUAGCGGCGUUCUACUAAGUCGCCCUGACAACAAGACCAAGUUGCGACAACGACGUCAACCCACUUCUAUAAGUCGGUUUUGCCUUAGCAGCCAACUGUAUCCUUGCCGAUUGGAACAGAUCAUCAUUAGAGACGAGUUAUCUUAUGGUAAAAGGAGUUGA